AUGGACGAGACGAAGGAGAAAAGAGAAGAAAGUCAUGAAGACGAGGAUGACGAUGAAGAGCAGAACACAAAGAGGAUACUGGGGAUCUUUACCAGACAGCAGUUCACCAUGCUGUGUGUUGCUGUUGGACUUGUUUUGCUGUUGAUCAUCAUAACGGUGGUGUCAGUGGUUUUGACCAAAAGUACCGACUCAGAAGGCUCAGAGACGCUGGUGCGCUUCCCUACGGAUGGAGACAUGCUGGAAUUCCUCGUCCUAAAUGGGCAGAUUGAGGAGAAGGACGGACUUUAUGCUACGUGGUAUCACGCGGCCAACAGCAAAGAGGAAACCAACAAAGCUUUGAACAGUGAAGCCAUGAUUCUGGAGGCCGACGUGAACGUACAAGGUCACAACACUGUCAACCAGACCGACAUCCCAAUCAUGGCCCAUCCACCGGACGUCUACAGCGACAACACCCUGGACGAGUGGCUGGACGCCGUCCUCAAAUCCAGGAAAGGAAUAAAACUGGAUUUCAAAAGUCUUCAAGCCGUGGAGCCUUCACUCCAUCUUCUGAGGAUGAAGAAUCAAACAGGGAUCGACCGCCCAGUAUGGCUGAACGCUGAUGUUCUCCCCGGUCCCAACGUCCCCGGGUUCUGGCCUGUGAUCAACGGCACACGGUUCUUCGACCUCAUCCAGACGAAGUUCCCGGACGUCACCAUCUCACCAGGAUGGAAGGUUCUCUAUGUGCCAGCCUUCCCUGGUGUGACCUACACACAGGCCAUGGUGGCCGAAAUGUACGACAUGGUCCGACACCUUCCACAGAAGAUCACCUUUCCGGUUCUGGCAGUCAUGGCGAAGAAAGGAUGGCCACAUCUGAGCUGGCUCCUCAGCCAGUCGUCCAGGUUUAGUCUGACCCUGUGGCAGGGUUCGGAGAACCCCACUGUGGACGACUUGCUCUUCGUCAGGGACAACAGCAACCCUCAGCGCAUCUACUACGACAUUUCCGAGCCGGUGCUCUCUCAGUUUAAAGCGGUUGCAGGACGGAUCGAUCGACCGGGAAGAUUUUAUCCAGGUGGGAAAAUAGUCGACUAUUUCAAGCCUGCGAAUGAUGACGGACUGAACAUCCUGUGGGAGGACGUGACCGACAGAGACUCCUUACUGUCCUUACUCAAAGGCAGCCCUGGUAAAAUGCUUGUGAUUCCGGUAACAUCUGGAUCAGGUACACCAACAAUCCCAGUGGUUGAUGGUUCCCAGCCUGAACUUCCUCUUCAGGAAUGUCUAAAGUUGAUCCUUGAUUCAAAGAAGCCAUGGGGCAUCUACCUGAGGGUGAGGGCACGGAACCUGCUGGCCGUCUCGCUCCGGCUGCUUCGAGAGGCGUACCAUACCGAUCGACUCCACCGUCCCGUCUGGAUCAACAUGGACGUCACUAACGGAGCCUUUAUCGUCCAGGGCUACAUCCCAGCCCAGGAGUUCCUGAGGACCAUCGAUGAGGUUUUCCCGUAUGUGACCGUGGCUCCCAGCUGGCCCCGGGAGGUUUUGGAUCAGGGGUACACACCCCAGCUGGUGAAGGACAUGGUGGAGAUCUUUGAGGGAAUUCCACAGCAGGUUUCACUCCAGCUGUUAGCUAAACAUCUACAGAAAUCAGAACCCGGGUUUAAAGAGCUUCUCCAGCGUUGCCGACGUUUCUCACUAACGGUGGAGGGCAGGACAGGGGUGGAGGGGAUUGGAACUCUGAAUUUGAGGUCUUACCAUGUAGAGAACAAACAGAGGGUCUUUCACAACAUGCCGAAACAUACAAGAGGUUCAUCUCAGGACUAA